AUGGCUCCCAAGAACGCGCUCGUCUUUGGCGCCAGCGGCAUCACUGGCUGGGCUAUCGUGAAUCAGAUCCUCAAUGGGUUCCCUACCCCCGACACCUUCGAGUCGGUCACAGCGCUCACAAACCGGCCGUUGACUGCCGAGGCUGCCCUCUGGCCUCAGUCCUCCAAGCUCCAGAUCGUUAGCGGGAUCAACCUGCAAAACCCAGCCGGCCAGGCAGCGCUGGAGGCCGAGAUCAAGGAGAAGGUCAAGAAUGUCGACAAGAUCACCCAUGUCUACUUCUUUGCCUACAUCAUGAAUGAGGACCCCAAGAAGGAGUGCUCCAUCAACGAGGACCUGAUCAAGGCCGCAGUCACUGCCAUCGAGCACCUGUCGUCCAAGCUCGAGUUUGUCGUCCUGCCUACGGGCACAAAGAGGUACGGUGUCCACCUGCUCGAGGAGAACUUCCCCUUCCAUAAGGACACCCCCCUCAAGGAGUCCCUCGGGAGGAUACCCGAGCCCUACGCCUCCGAGAUGUUCUACUACACCCAGAUGGACAUGCUCAAGCAGAUGUCCGUCGGCAAGUCCUGGACCUGGUGCGAGAUCAUCCCGGACAUGAUCGUCGGCUUCGUGCCCAACAACAACAUCUACUGCCUGGGCCAGGUGCUCUCGACCUUCCUCUCCUUCUACGCCGACAAGCACGGCAAGGGCGCCGAGGUGCCCUUCCCCGGCACGGAGAAGUCGUGGAAGAACCUCACGACCGACAGCAGCCAGGACAUCUGCGCGCAGGUCUCCAUCAUGGCCUCGCUGCAGCCCGAGAAGAGCGCCGAGCAGGGCUACAACGCCGGCGACACGGCGCGGCCCGUGACCUGGGAGCAGAAGUGGCCCGUCAUCUGCGAGUACUUUGGCCUCAAGGGCACGCCGCCGCCACCCGGCGGGUCCGGCCCGGAGCCGCGGGCCUACCUGGCCGAGCACUUUGACGAGUGGAAGGAGUUCGAGAAGAAGCACGGCCUGCAGUCCGGGCGCGUGGGCAACGACCGCAGCUUCGGCGGCUUCGCCUACUUCAUCAUGACCAUGCUCAACUUUGACCGCCACAUGGACAUGACCAAGACCAACGAGAUGAUGGGCAAGUACGCGCACGACGUCGACACCAAGGGGUCCUGGUGGACGGCCUUUGACCGGUUCAAGAAGGCAAAGAUCAUUGCAUAG